UCAUUGAAAGCUCCUCCCACUUCACUUUCCUUUCACAAAUCUCUCUCUCACUUAAAGUUUUCAACUAUAUAUCAAUCACACUUCAAACCCUCUUCUUGUGCUCCUAAUCCAAACCACCAUCAAUAAUCACAUUCACAUUCUCUUCUGUCUUCUGCACUGCCAAAAUUAUAAGCACAACACAAUCAUUUAAUUUGUUACUCGAUCGAUCUCCAUUCCACUCUGUGUGCACGUGAGUCUUGUUAAUAAAUCAACGAGAAACAAAGUUUUAGAGGAUUGGAAUGCAGGAGCUAAUCUUGCAUGAAUGGACCAGUGAUUUCUAAAUUUAACACAAUGGACUCUGAAAACGGGGUCGCUGUGGAGGAAGAGAAACGUGUUAUUGGGGUAACAACAAAGAAAGAAGUUGAAAACGACACUAAUGAAGUAUCUAAACCCACAGUGGCUGGUGACAAUGUUGCAGUUGAAGCCUCUAAAACUUGGUCUGCCAAAAAAAAUUCAAAAGGUGCCAAGGAAACUGGUGGUAGAGCAAGUGUUGCUUCCAAGAACAACAAACCUGUCAAAGAUAAACCCAUUAUGAAGGAUCUAAGUUCAUUAUCUCAGAAACAAAGGCCAUCCCUUUCUCAAAGCCUUUCAUUCCCUGCCAAAUCAGCUGGUGAAGAUGCUAUGCAGAAAAGCAUUGAUGGGUAUAUUGUGAGGACAAAAGUUAAACACGUUCAAGGUAAUGGGAUUAGGGGUAAGCCCCCGAUUCGUCAUUUAAACAAGCCCGCAAACUCUGAAGGGAACUCGCUGGCAAAAACCAACGCUGGCACACCUGGUUUGAAACGCUCUGUGUUUGGAAGGUCUACUCCAGUUACUGCAGUCACCAAGAACCAUACAUCUGAGGCAUCGUUAUCCGUUGAUCAGGUGUCAAAAACUGCAAAAGCAAAUAAAGAGGAUGAUGAUUCUCAUUCCACAACUUCAAGUGCUACUCCCCGUCACAGAAGCAGUGGAAGUGGAUUUUCCUUUAGAUUGGAAGAAAGAGCUGAAAAGAGGAAGGAGUUUUUCUCUAAGUUGGAGGAAAAAAUUCAGGCUAAGGAGGCAGAGAAAACUAACCAACAAGCAAAAUCAAAGGAAAACCAAGAGGCAGAGAUCAAGCUAUUGAGGAAGAGCAUGACAUUCAAAGCCACUCCAAUGCCAAGUUUCUACAAGGAACCACCUCCAAAAGUUGAGCUGAAGAAGAUACCAACAACCCGUGCAAGGUCCCCAAAGCUUGGAAGGCACAAAGAAUCUGCUAUGAACAACAAUUCAGGAGAAGAUAACUCUUGCUCCAGUCCACGAGGGAAACAACAGAAGAAUGAUUCAAAUAAGGUAAAGGGUCAUAAAGAUGUGAUUCCAAAGAAACCAAUCCGGAAAACCCAAGCCAAGAUGAAGUCUCAGGAAAAUGUAACUACAGCAAGCAAAGAAGAGUGCCAAGAUCCACAUGUUAACAAUUCUGAAUGCAAAAAUGACAUGGAGUUACAAUCUGAAACAGGUCAUCCACCAAAUAGUGCGCUGCUUCUAAAUUCAACUACACCCGAGCUUGUGUCAUAUGAGGUUACUGCUGGAGUGUAGAUUUAUAUAAUCGGACUUCAUAAUUAUAUGCAAGAUUAGAGCUCUAUGUUAAUAAUUAUUUCAUUAUCAUUGUGAAUAUAGAGUUUGUUUCAUGUUCAUCAUAAACGUGUAUUGCAAAUAAGUUUUUUCCCCCUAUAGAGCUGUUAUACUAUGUGAUGUA